GUUGCGCAGGAAACCGCUAGUUUCGCAGGAGUUAUUACUGCGCUGGAUAGACUGUUAAGCGUAUCUAAACUUACAUUUUCAAAGAAAAUAACUUUUUAUGACAACUAGGGAUAUUAUAGCCUGAUAAAGCCUUUCCCAACCGCCUCCUGGAGUAUUUUUGUGUGGAGUGGGUGUCGUUUAUCUGAGGACUUGAGUUUUAUGUUUCACUUAGCGACCGUUGACUUUUGUCACACAGUUGAGUCUGUGUAAAAUCUACUUUAUACGUCUUUUUUCUUCGAGAAAAGGGGAUCACGCUUUGAAGAUGUCCGUGGCAGGCUUAAAGAAGCAGUUUUACAAAGCCAGCCAGAUGGUAAGUGAGAAGGUUGGCGGUGCUGAGGGAACUAAACUCGACGAGGAGUUCAAGGACCUGGAGAAAAAAGUAGAUGUGACAAAUAAAGCUGUGGUAGAAGUCAUCUCUAAAACAUCAGAGUACCUGCAGCCCAAUCCAGCAUCUCGUGCAAAGCUCUCUAUGUUGAACACUAUGUCUAAGAUCAGAGGCCAGGUGAAGAGUCCAGGUUAUCCCCAGGCGGAGGGGCUGCUGGGGGAAUGCAUGGCAAAGUAUGGUAAAGAACUUGGAGAGGAAACCAACUUUGGUGGUGCUCUAGUUGAUGUUGGUGAAAGCAUGAAAAGGCUAGCAGAGGUGAAGGAUUCUUUGGACAUUGAUGUCAAACAAAACUUUAUCGACCCUUUACAAGGCCUGUGUGACAAGGACCUGAGAGAGAUACAGCAACAUCUGAAAAAGCUAGAAGGACGCAGAUUGGAUUAUGACUACAAGAAGAAACGUCAAGGGAAGAUUCCAGAUGAAGAGCUCAGGCAGGCGCACGAGAAGUUUCAUGAAUCUAAGGAGGUGGCUGAGAUCAGCAUGUACAAUCUUCUAGAAACCGAUAUUGAGCAAGUGAGCCAGCUGUCAUCACUGGUUGAGUCUCAACUGCAGUACCACAAACAGGCUGUUCAGAUCCUAGAUGAACUGUCAGACAAACUCGGAGACAGGAUGAAAGAUGCUCAGUCACGUCCUCGUAAAGAGUAUGUUUCCAAGCCCAAACCUGUUAUUGACUUUGGAGACCCUAACGAACAGUCAAACGGAGGCUUCACCCCAACAUCUGCUCCACCCAUGCGCAAUGCAGCAGCAGAGCAGCCAUGCUGUAAAGCACUUUAUGACUUUGAGCCAGAGAACGAGGGUGAGUUGGGCUUCCACGAGGGUGACAUCAUCACUCUGACCAAUCAAAUCGAUGAAAAUUGGUACGAAGGCAUGCUGCGUGGCCAAUCAGGAUUCUUCCCUCUCAACUAUGUGGAGGUGAUCGCUCCUCUGCCACACUAAAAUGUGUCCAUGGAGGAAGGAGGAAAAGAGGGGGAGGGAGAGAGUGAAGAACCAAUAAAAAAGUAAAAGGGAGAAAGACUGAGCGAAGUGAGGUAGGGAGAAAAGAAACAGCUGAAGUCAUCACGGUCUUCAUCUUCACCUGUAUUCACAUUGUUGCCGUUGAUCCAAAUGUACCUGUACUCAGGCACUUUUACAUAUUGAUUUAUUUUUUAAGGAGGGAUCUUUGGGAAAAGACAACUUUUCACAUUCCAGGACUGAAAACAAUUAUUGAUUGACUGACUGACUGAGCAGGACUGUACAAACUUGUCCUAAAGCUAGUUGCAUACACACUAACUCAUUUAGUUUGUCCAAAAUGUAUUAAUAAUGUUGCAUACUGUUUUGUACUACAUUAUCUAAAAAGAAAUGAAUACAGAUAUAGAUACCCCUGUGCUACAUUUUUUAUGUUUUAAAGAGUGUUGAGUGUACCUGCUCAAUGCACUUCCUCAAUUGUUGGAUUGUGAAUGGUUGCAUUUUGACUCGAAUGUUCCCCUUACUGCCUCCUGCUGGUCAUGCUGCAACAUGGACCUGCCUCAGAUUCAGGAUAAACAGCAUUAUUUCUGUGAUGAACACGUGAGGCUGUGUGUCUAAUGUCCCAAUGUGUAGCAGUCCUGAGCCACAGACCUGUAGAGAGGAAUGAGUCCUUUUAUGCUCUCCAUCAUUUUAACAUUUCUAUAACUUUCCUCAUAUAUUUUCAUAUGUAUUUUUUGCAAGAUAUAAAUUUCACCUUGGGCAUCAUGUUGUAAAGGUGAACUAAAACACUUAUGAAAGAGAUGUGUUUCAGGUUGAGAAGGCUUUCUGGAAUAUCUGAAAAAGAUGUUACGUUUUUACUGCACUACAACCGUUUUAACACUAUGAAGUUUGAAACAAUUUGCCUCCCUCUUAUCAUUUCAGUUCAACUUCUAACUCACUUGGGGGACAGAUACCAUCCAGGCCCUGUCUGUCAUUUUUCUUCAUCUAUUUUCUGAAAUGGCCAAAUAGUUAUGGAAUGUAAUGUGUGUCUUGAAAUGUGUUCCUCUGGUUGCCUCUGUCUUUCUCUCUCUUUCUCCUCCUUUGUCAGUUUACUGGUAGUCUAUUCAUCUGAUGCUGCUGGCAGUGUCCAAUUAUUUCAGGUGUGAUUAUUUGGGAGUGUUUAGGUUGGAUGUUGGCUAAUAAGCCACUUGUUAUAAAGAAGACAAAUGUACAUUGACUAUUUUGACAUAUAUAAACAUUUCUUCCAGGCUUCAGAAGUGAAGGGAUGGUGCUACAUCCCUUGUUCUCCCUUGCGGUGGUAUGAUUUUUUUAAAUACUGUGUCAUUGCACACUUCACAAAACGCAGUUCAAUGCAUCAUCUCUUGUUGGUUAUGAACACACCAACAUCUGUCCCUUCACCCCACACCAAGUUCUGUCUGCACAGAACCUCUCAGGUGGAUUCUGUGUGCUAUGUCCUUUGUCUCUCUGUGUCUGUUUACAUGUGUCUUUUCCACUGUCACAGGUCACUAUAGAUGUGCUGGAGCAGACAGGCUAAGCUCACUAUCUCAAAGUGAAAAAUAGAUGAUUAGUUUUAGUAACUUUUUAAUGGCAAGAAUGGAUCUAUAACACCAAACAAAACUUUAAAAAUGUAUCUCCAAGCUAAUGUGGAGUUUUUAUCGGUCUUUUUUUUUUUUUUCUUCCUUUUUUUGUACAAAUGGCUUGUUGGUUUCAGUAUUUGGCAUGAGCUGUAACCAGAUGUACAAGCAUGUGUACAAAUGUGCCUUUGCAACACUACAAAUGUAAACAAAUGGGUUAUUUCUGUCUAAUCCAGCAAGAGUACCAGAAUAAUUUUAUGAAAACAAAUAAUUCUGCUUCUACUGUUUUAGUAUUAGAUCAUUAUUUUAUAUGUAUACAAAACCAUUCAACUUUUUUAAUUAAUCAUUUUUGCAUGUUGGCUUACUAGCAUAGCAAGCUGAUGUAUGUUGUAGUAUUAUGUCUCGUAAGAUUUACCUGCAUUAUAUUGUUAUUCUUAAAUAUCCCAAACCUUAAAUAUUUGUAUCUUAAUGUUGUGUCCAGUUGUCUUUAAAUAAAUUCAAGAAAGU